AUGACGGCGGUUGUUGAAACAAAUCCUAUGGAAAGUAUGAAAUCAGUUUUGACCCAGUGUCAACACAGUACUCAGGGCCAUGGCAAACUGCUUAAAGAAAUGGAGAAAGUUUACGAUAAUAUGCAGUUUGAUGAUUUUUGGUCUGAUCUGCAGCACCUGAUGAAGUUUCCAAUGGUGAAAUUUGAACGUGAACCAGUAGUUGAACGUACGAUCACCUUCUUGGCAAAUGCAAUUGUGUAUUUUAGCAAAAAAGAAAACAAGGUGGAGACUGGUUCCAAGCCGGAGAAAAAGGAAGGGGAGGAAGAAGAGGAGGAGGAGGAGGAAGUUCUUGAUUUCACACAAUGUCUUUUGCUCAAUAAAGUCUUUGAUUUUAUUUUGGCAUCUCAUGAUUGUUCAUCCCGUGCUAUCCGGUACCGAUGUUGUCAACUGGUGACCAAACUUUUGACUGGAAUUGGUGAUGCUUUGCUUGAUGAUAGCGUGUGGAGUCGUCUGAGUGCAGCCAUGCUGAUGAGAAUCAAAGACACUAUUCCUGUUGUUAGGGAACAGGCUGUUCUUGCUCUGGCUCGAUUACAGGACCCAAUAGAUGAAGAGUGUCUGGUCACUGCUGCCUACUUGUUCCAUCUUGCACAUGACUCUUAUGCUGGGGUGAGACGAGCUAUUCUUGUGUCCCUAGCUCCAUCAGCUGUGUCCUUCCAGGCUAUACUUGACCGCACUAAGGAUAUUAAUGAGACUGUUCGUAGCCAAGCAUUUAAUGUCAUCUCGGAAAAAGUGAACAUCAGGGCUCUGUCAGUGGCACAGCGCCUGGAAUUGGCUCAAAAUGGCUUGGAAGAUAAAUCUGUGGCAGUAAAGAAAAUCUGCACUAACCGACUCUUCCAGACAUGGCUCAGAGCCUGUGAUGGUGACCUGCUUGAAUUACUUCGUUCAGUUGAUGUUGUUACUUCUUUGGAAACCUGUGAAGGCAUGAUUGCCUCUCUUUAUUUGCAGUUUCCUGUUGAUGAACUGGAUGAUGCUGAAACUCUACUCAAGUGCCUCUCAAUUAUUGGUGAAACUCUCACUUUGAAAAAGCUCUCUCUGAAGGCACCCACUAUUGAAAUGCUGUUGGAAAAUAUUAUUUUGCCUUGCAUUCCAAAUGAAUUCAAUGAAGUGAGAAAUCAAGCUUUGAAAUGUUUGAGUCUUUGUUGCCUUAACAGUAAAGACACGGCCCUGCAAUACUUAAACAUCUUUUUACAGGCUUGUCAUAUUGAGAUGGAAGUCGACGAGGUGAAAGUCACAGCCCUGAAGGCCAUUUUUGACAUCUUGCUCGUGUUUGGGUUGGAACUUUUUGAAUCGACUUCGUCUUCUUCAGAAAGCAUGAGUGAAAGUCAGAACAACAACAGCCAAGGCAGCAUGUACCAAUUCAACCAGAGUUGCAGCAGUGUAUUGAGUGAGAGUAAGCUGGAUACACAAAAUCUGGAAGAAUCCACUUUGGCUGAUGAAAGUACCAAAGGAAAUUCGGGAUCCAAAUUGAUGUUGGCACUUUUGUGUAAACACUUGGAUUCAGAAGUUUGUGAGAUCCGCACUGUUGCUGCUGAAGGCCUGGCCAAAUUGUUACUGUCGGGUCGUAUUGUUGCCUCAAAGGUCCUCACUCGCCUCAUCCUUCUUUGGUUCAAUCCGGUCUCAGAAGAUGAUCACCAUUUGCGCUGUUGUCUGGGAACAUUCUUGCCUGUCUUUGCAUCAGAAUCUAUGGUGAACCAGGAACUUUUGGCUGAUUCUUUUCUCCCUGUGGUGAAAAUCCUGAGCAAUGCCCCAGCAUCCAGUCCGCUGUCCAAAGUGAACAUCUCCAAUGUUUGUGAUUUGCUCAUUGAACUCACUCGACCACAGAUUUUGAACUUCACCUUCCAAAAACCAGAGAACCCAAACCAUGAACGAAUUGCCACCCAAAUUUGCAAUGAAAUUUUGUCAAAUCCAAAUUCCUUCAUUGUUCGUUCAUUGGGACGAGUACUCAACUAUCUUGAUUUGCCUAAAGACAACGAAACUAAUUUGAAGGACCUACAGACCUUAUGUACACAGAUGAUGGAAGUAAGUAGAUAA